GAGAGAUUGCAUUUCCUGGAAGAUAUCGCCGUCGCAACUCCUGACCAAAUGCAGAUGCUGUAUGAAGAAGGAAUUAGAAGGGGUAUUAGCCUGGUAGAAGAUGAAAGACGUUCGGUUUUGGUACCUACUGAUAUUCAACUGAAAGAAAAUGAUUUCUUCGGCGACGAACCUUUUGUUCCUGACAAUUUGAUUGAAAAUCUACCAGAUGUCCUUCCAGAGCCACAUCCAAGAGAACGUCCAGUUGAGCCUGAUGAUACAUUUAAUCCCAGGAUUUCCUCAACUCCUCUGGCACCUAAUGCCAGACAUAAUUUGGCUAUACUUGGUCUAAGCAGGAUCACUGAAUCAGAAGAACAAGAAAGAUCGGGCAUUGAAAUUAAUAAUGCUAAACGUUCGAGUCACUACACUCCUACAGCACGACGAAUGAUUCAUUUUAACGUUGAUGUCACAACGGCCGGUCAGAAUAAAUCCGGGAUGGUUCCUCAACAGCCGGAACUGGUUUAUCAAGAGCCGGAAUUGGUUCCUCAACAGCCGGAAUUAGUUCAGCAACAGCCGGAACCAGCUCAGCAAGUCCCGGAAUUACCUCAACAGCAGCCAGAUUUCGUGCAAUUGAGAGCAGAAGCCAUUCGCAGGCAUAUUGUCAAUCAACCAACACCAAGCCAUCCCCGUCCAAGAAGACGUAGGCGUCCUAGGCCACUAGAACUAUGGAGAUUUCCAGUUGUGGAACCUAGACUGGUAACAGAGCAGAGCCUGACUGCAUUCCUUUAUCCUGAUAUCCCUUAUCCAAUGCCUCACAUCCAUCUCCGCCCAGUUGCUGAGCAACAGAAUGCAAUAGUUCCUGAUGAUGUAGAACCAAGUAUUCCAGCAGAAGCAUCCGCAGCCUCCAUUCCACAAGCUCAGCAUUCGGGAAGUAAUGUUCCACAGAACAUAAGUUCAGUUUCUGGAGUUGCUUCGUUGUCCAAAGAUAAUUUACCUUCGACUCCAUCAAUGCCAAUCAUUCGUGAGGAAAUUGUACUUGAGCCGAAUAUUCCAGCAGAGGCAUCGUCAGCCUCCAUUCCUAAGGCUCAGCAUUCAGGAAGUAAUACACAGCAAAACAUAAGUUCAGUUUCUGGAAUUCCUUCGCUAGUUAAAGAUAAUUUACCGGCGAUUCCAGAGAUUCCACAAGUGCAAAUUGCUGUUGAGAUUAUCCCAGAAAUGAUCCCCGAAAUUAUCCCUGAAGCUACAGGUGAUAUACCAGAGAUUGCCCAACUUCCACAAGAUCAGGCACAACAGAAAUCUCCAUUCAAUCUUGGGCCCUCGGAAGAGGAAAAAGAGACAGCCAUAAAAAUGACAAGGUUUCUCUACGGACAAGAUCGCGAUAAAAUAAUUAUGAUAGAUUUUAAAGAUGAAUUCCCAACAAGGGCGGAAAUUGUUAGAGUCUUCCGUACACUCCUCAAUUUCAAUGGGAUCCUUUGGGAGCUGGUCAAUAUCGGGAAUACUACUGAGUUCGAAAUAUACAAGUUAUCUGAGGAAAAGCGACGAAACUUUGGUAAAUCACAGACAUAAGUUAAUAGUAUA